AUGCAAGCCGCCAAUCGCCUCCAGCAACGCCUCAAGGCAGGCCAGCCCGCAUACGGCGGAUGGCAGAUGCUCCCAGGAACAAACCUGACACGAGUCCUAUGCCGUUCAGCAACAAACAUUGACUGGCUCCUAGUUGACCUAGAGCACGGGAAUAUCUCAGAUGACUCCAUGCACGAGAUCGUCGCCGCCUCUGCUGCCUGUGGGGUCUCGCCGAUUGUACGGGUUGCUGAGGGCCAGCACUGGAUGAUUAAGCGUGCUCUGGACUCUGGCGCACAUGGAAUACUGGUGCCUACGUUGGAGACUGUGGAGGAGGCGCGGAAUGUUGUGAGGGCGUCUAAAUACCCGCCGAUGGGGAAUAGAGGCUUUGAACCGCUUUUGGCGGUUGAGAAGUUCGUGGAGCAGCGACCUCAUGGUGGAGGGGUCAGGGAGCUUACUGGGAGGGAAUACCUAGAACAGGCGAAUAGUUCGCUCGUGAUUGCUGUUCAGAUUGAAACGAAAUCUGCUCUGGAGAGCGUCAAGGAGAUAGCCAAUGUGCCUGGUAUUGAUGUGCUCUUUGUGGGUCCUUUCGACCUCGGUGUCAGCAUUGGACAUCCUAUUACCGGAGGAAAAAUGGAUGAGACGCUUUCUCGGGCCAUUCAGUCAGUGCAAGAAGCUGCGCAGGAAGCAGGUAUCGCUUCCGGGAUCUACUGUGACAGUGGCGAGGAAGCGAAGGAGUGGGCUAGCAAAGGAUUCCUGAUGAACAGCGCCAUGACGGACAUGAUUGGGCUUCGGAAUGUAGUCACUCAGUCAUUUAAGUGUGCAUUGUAA